AGGGCAUCUAUUUCAGCCCUCGUACGGUCGUGCUCUGGUUGUUCUGAAGAAUAAGAACUCGAAAGAAGGAACAGACGACGCCCUGGGAUUUGGAAGAGGGAAAAUCACCGAAAAUGGCAGGCAGACUGAGCAAUUUGGGUUCAAAGGUCCUUGGCGGAAAUGGCGUUGUUGGUCGCUCAAUCGCUUCAUCUCUUCGCCUUCGCUCCGGCAUGGGCCUUCCCGUUGGAAAACACAUCGUCCCCGAUAAGCCCCUUCCUGUAAACGACGAACUGGUUUGGGAUAAUGGAACUCCUUUUCCUGAGCCCUGUAUUGAUCGCAUUGCAGAUACGGUUGGGAAGUACGAAGCCUUGGGUUGGUUAUGUGGGGGAUUGGGAUUCUUUGCAUCUCUGGGAUUGUUGGCUGUGUGGAACGACAAAGCGUCUAGGAUUCCAUUUGCGCCGAAAGUGUAUCCAUAUGACAACCUAAGAGUGGAGCUUGGUGGAGAAGCAGAAGCAGAAUCAGCAUAGAUAGACAAACCUGAGGUGGAAUGAUAUGACCAUUUUGGUUUGGUAUUGUUUCUUGAAUUUGGUGUAUGCAUCAAAUCAAAAUAAUGGAUUUUGUAAAUGGACUAAAUUUGAACUUUUGAUAUUAUUAUUAUUACUUUGAAAAUAAAAGUGGCAUAUGGCGAUCUGUCAUAUUUAUGUGUCA